CUCAAGAUGCAGUCUUAAAACAGUUGUUGCAGACUAGUCAUCGGUAGACAAAUCAAGUUCUUGGAUCAACAAUUCGGACAAAGGCAGGAUAAAAGGCAAUUAGCUUCAUAUAGUCGAGCUAUAAAUUUCGAGCCUACGACAUUCAAAAGCACAAAUUUUCAGUUAUCAUAAGCGAUAUGAACAAGUGGAUAUUCGUAAUAACCUUCUGUAUUCUAACAAUUCCUGCACAUGUCGCCCAUGGCAUUUGCUGCGAAAAGAUAAAAGAAUUGGUAAAGAGAAAACAGAAUGCAUAUAGAGUUUUAUGUGGAAAUGGACACAAUCUUCCUCGUUAUUGCUGCGAAGAUAUCAGAAAAGAAGUGAAAACAUUUGUUGAGUCAUACACAACAUUGUGUCUAAACAGAACAGACUCCCUAUACGAUUCAAGAAUUCUGAGAGGGAAAUACAAUUGGAUAAUACAAAUUAGGAAAUGGCUUCCUUCAAAUUUGACAAAGAAAAAUACGGUGCGCUGUUACCAAGGAACCGUGAAUGGAUGGGCAUCAAGAACCUUCCACAAUCGCUGCGACUACAAAGGACCAACACUGGUGAUAGUGCAAAGAGGAAGCUAUGUGUUUGGGGCAUUUGCAUCAAAAUCUUGGGGAGGACGUUCUCGCUACAUACGUACAUCAACUUCAUUCAUUUUCUCCUUGAAAAACAAAGAUGGUCUGUCACCAUUUAAAACAUACUCCACAGUACGACCACAAUUCGCAUUGUACACUAGCAUUAACUAUGGACCAACAUUUGGGGGUGGUCAUGAUAUCUAUAUCGCCAACAAUGCGAGGCUCAAUUCCUAUUCGUACACCAACUUUGGUUAUUCGUACAAGGCUCCAAACGGAUAUUCUUAUGGUAGCACAAAAAUAAAGAAUUUAUUGGCUGGCUCCUAUCGCUUCAGUGUAAACGAAGUAGAAGUUUACUACUUUUCUUCGUGAACGGAACAUUAUGGUUGUUGUAAACUUAUGUAAAGGAGUAUUCAGUAGCUUUUUAACACUAGUUUUGUUACUUGUCGUUCAUAAAAUAUUGUGGUAGAAAAGUCAACAAUAAAAUUAAGAAACAAUA